UUGGCCAAUUAGGCAGUCCGUGCAGGCGCAUUGAAAGCUUCCUACAAUCUCUGACAAAAGUUUAGUCAGCAUCAUUCAUGGACGUAAAAAAAUAUUGAAGACGAUAUUGAGAUAAAAUUGCGCUGUUGAAUACAUGAAUGGCGACGGACGAGCAUAAACAUCUAGCUGACAUAGUGAAGAAAACUCAUGCUUUGUUACGUACCGAGUGUCAUCAAUAUGGCGCUAAGGUUGCAUGGGAACGUCACGUGGCGCGAAAUGACGUUUUGCAGAACUAUGCUGCGUCUAUGCAAAAAUUGGCAACAAAGUGCUGGGCGGAUAACAAUUCAAGGAAUGGCACAUAUUGCAGGAUGGAAUGGAUAAAAACUCAGUGCAAGGAAUAUUUUUUCAACGGUGGUAAAGAAAAAUAUGACAUAAGAGAGCGUGAUAUAAAUACAAAGAUGACUCUAGAAAAGUUGAGCAAUGAAAAUAAAAUGUCAGAAAAUAAACAGAUUAAUGUGAAAAAUAAAUUACAAAAUUUUCAAAAGCAGAAGAUAUCUAUAUUGGACGUAGGAAGCUGUUACAAUCCUUUGAGCAUUGAUCCUGCAUUUGAUGUCACUGCGAUUGAUUUAAUUUCUGCAGUAGAAGGAGUUUUUCAAUGCGAUUUCCUAAAUGUUGCAAUUGAAGGGGAGACAAUUCUUUCCUGGGAUGAGCGAGAGAUUCAUCAGCUAUCUGCAAAUUCAUUUGAUGCUGUAGUGUUUUCAUUGUUGUUAGAAUAUCUGCCGUGUCCGAAACAGAGAUAUGUUUGUUGCAGAAAUGCCUAUAAUGUGUUAAAAAACAGUGGCAUACUAAUUAUCGUGAGUCCUGAUUCAAAACAUGUUGGUGCAAAUGCAAAGUUGAUGAAGUCUUGGAGGUACACAUUGAGCAAAUUGGGAUUUAUGAGAAUAAAAUAUGAAAAACUACGUCACAUUCAUUGCUUGGUGUUCAGAAAAUGUGUGUGCAAGGAUGUAGCGAUGCGAUGGGCUAAUCUGCAACAUUUUUCAAAUGAUGAUAAGAAGUACAUAUCUGAGAUAGAAAUUUUUAUCCCUCAGGACUUUCAGACUAUCUGUCACAAGGAAAAGCAAGAAAAAUUAGACGAAUACAAUGAGACUGAUUUAUUGACACUGAAAUCGAAGAGAACUAUUCCUUUCUAUAUAUGAUGUAGUUCGUGAAGUUACGUCCAUCUUGAAAAUUUCUUUCCUUCGUCGUUUCUCCUCACUGGCGCACGUGUGUAGAGACUCCAAGAUGUCGUCACACUUGACUUGGAUGAUAAUCCGUGACAACAAUGCCUUCCUUCUCAAGAAGCGCAACA